AUGCAUCGUUUGGGGCUGGCUACGGGGUCUUCAGGGCUGCCUGCCGCUGCCGCUGCAGCAGCAGCAGCAGCAGCAGCAGCAGCAGCAGGGCUGGCUACGGGGUCUUCAGGGCUGCCUGCCGCUGCCGCUGCAGCAGCAGCAGCAGCAGCAGCAGCAGCUGCUGGCUGCGGGCUGGCCCUUAUAAAGUUGCUGCUGCUGCUGAGAGAGAUUGGUCCACAGCAGCAGCAACAGCAGCAGCAGCAGCAGCAGCAACGGCAGCAGAAGCAGCAGCAGCAGCAGCAACAGCAGCAGCAGCAAAACGACUGCAGCACAGGCACUACCGACAGCACGCAGCAGCGGCUGCAGCAAACGCUUCCUCCUCCUCCUGCACCAGCAGCAGCAGAAACAACAGCAGCAGCAGCAAUAGCAGUACUAGCAGCAGCAGCAGCAACAGCACCAACUCCCGCCCCGGAGAGCCAAAUAGCACCAGCAGCAGCAUAA